UGCCGCUGCGCCGGCCUCUUCGAUGCAUCUGUAUUUGGCGGCUGGGAAUCAGCACCCUGGACAGCUCCUCUCGCCCCGCCGCUAUCUUGGCGAGGACGCAACCAAGCAGGGGGGAGCGCGGCGCGCACCACUACCCACCACCCCCGUCUGCCUCUCUGCCUUACUGGAUCGCUGAAAGGGAGGGCAGAUUGUGCCUCUGUGGAUGAGAUCUGGCACAGCCGCUUUGGAUCCCGACGCUCGCCUCCCUCUGUGCGGCAACCAGCCCCGGGCAGGCGAGAGUUAAAGCCCUAAACCCACAGCUGCGGGCGGAGGAGGAUUUGCAGCCAACAUGUUGGACCCGUCGUCCAGCGAGGAAGAAUCGGAUGAGAUUGUGGAAGAGGAGAGCAGCAAGGAGGUGCUGGCCCCGGCCGCCUCGGGGGCACGGCUGUCCCCCAGCCGGACCAGCGAGAGCUCUGGGGGUGGGGGCGGGGGUCUGCAGCCCAGCAGCCGGAGUGGCAGCAGCGUCCGGCCUUCCAGCCCGAGCCCUUCGGUGGUGAGCGAGAAGGAGAAAGAAGAGCUCGAGAAGCUGCAGAAGGAGGAAGAAGAGAGAAAGAAGAAGCUGCAGCUCUAUGUCUUCGUCAUGAGGUGCAUUGCCUACCCCUUCAACGCCAAGCAGCCCACUGACAUGGCCCGCAGGCAGCAGAAGAUCAGCAAACAGCAGCUCCAGACCGUCAAGGAUCGUUUUCAAGCCUUCCUCAAUGGAGAGACUCAGAUCGUUGCCGACGAAGCUUUCAUGAAUGCAGUCCAGAGUUAUUACGAUGUGUUUCUGAAGAGCGAUCGUGUUGCCAGAAUGGUGCAGAGUGGGGGAUUCUCAGCGAAUGACUCCCGGGAAGUCUUCAAGAAGCACAUUGAAAAGAGGGUCCGUAGCCUCCCUGAGAUUGACGGCCUCAGCAAAGAGACUGUUCUGAGUUCCUGGAUGGCAAAAUUUGACGCAAUAUAUCGUGGCGAAGAGGAUCCGCGCAAAGCACAGGCCAGAAUGACAGCAAGUGCGGCUUCGGAGCUGAUUCUGAGCAAAGAACAGCUGUACGAGAUGUUCCAGAACAUCUUGGGAAUCAAGAAAUUUGAGCACCAGCUUCUAUACAAUGCUUGUCAGCUGGAUAAUCCAGAUGAACAAGCGGCACAAAUCAGACGGGAAUUAGAUGGACGUCUCCAAAUGGCAGAUCAGAUUGCCAAGGAACGCAAAUUUCCUAAAUUUGUAUCCAAAGAAAUGGAAAACAUGUACAUUGAGGAACUGAAAUCAUCUGUCAAUUUGCUGAUGGCUAACUUGGAGAGCAUGCCAGUGUCCAAAGGUGGCUCUGAGUUCAAGUUACAAAAGCUAAAACGCAGUCACAACACCUCAAUCAUUGACAUGGGAGAAGAAAAUGAAAACCAGCUCUCAAAAUCAGAUGUCGUACUAUCUUUUUCCUUGGAGGUUGUAAUUAUGGAAGUGCAAGGCCUCAAAUCCUUAGCACCUAACCGCAUUGUCUACUGUACAAUGGAAGUGGAGGGGGGAGAAAAACUGCAAACGGAUCAGGCCGAGGCAUCAAAACCAACAUGGGGGACUCAGGGUGACUUUUCCACAACGCAUGCCCUUCCAGCCGUGAAGGUGAAGCUGUUUACCGAGAGUACCGGCGUGCUGGCAUUAGAAGACAAAGAACUUGGGCGGGUGGUUCUUCAUCCAACACCUAACAGUCCAAAACAAUCUGAGUGGCACAAAAUGGCUGUUUCCAAAAACUGCCCUGAUCAUGAUCUGAAAAUCAAACUUGCCGUCCGAAUGGAUAAACCUCAAAACAUGAAGCAUUCUGGGUAUUUAUGGGCCAUUGGCAAAAAUGUCUGGAAAAGAUGGAAGAAAAGGUUCUUUGUGCUAGUCCAGGUUAGCCAAUAUACAUUUGCUAUGUGCAGUUACCGAGAGAAAAAAGCUGAACCUCAAGAACUGCUGCAGCUUGAUGGAUACACGGUGGACUACACGGACCCACAGCCAGGUUUAGAGGGCGGCAGAGCCUUUUUCAAUGCAGUGAAAGAAGGGGACACUGUGAUUUUUGCCAGCGACGAUGAACAAGAUCGUAUCCUGUGGGUCCAAGCCAUGUACCGAGCAACCGGACAGUCCCACAAACCUGUGCCACCCACUCAAGUUCAGAAGCUUAAUGCUAAAGGGGGAAAUGUACCCCAGCUAGAUGCCCCCAUCUCUCAAUUUUCUGGACUCAAGGAUGCAGAUAGAGCUCAAAAGCAUGGCAUGGAUGAAUUUAUCUCUUCCAAUCCCUGUAACUUUGACCACGCUGCACUCUUUGAGAUGGUUCAGCGCCUCACUUUGGACCACAGACUUAAUGAUUCCUAUUCUUGUCUGGGCUGGUUCAGUCCUGGCCAGGUAUUUGUGCUCGAUGAGUACUGCGCACGUAAUGGAGUUAGAGGCUGUCACAGGCACCUCUGCUACCUCAGUGAUUUGCUUGAGCGAGCAGAAAAUGGAGCAAUGAUUGACCCCACCUUGCUUCACUACAGUUUUGCCUUUUGUGCUUCACAUGUUCAUGGCAACAGUCAAAAAAUGGAAGAGAUUCUUGGUGGUUUAUUGCCAGUUGCAAACAUUCCCCCAGCUACUGAAGUAGAGCCAAAAAAAGAUUCCAAAAAGGAGUCCAAAAAGAGGAAAGAUAGUAAAACCCAGCCACCACCAGAACCAAAAAGGCCUGAUGGAAUAGGGACUGUAACAGUAGAAGAGAAGGAACGGUUCGAAGAAAUCAAAGAGAGGCUGCGAUUGUUACUGGAAAACCAGAUCACACAUUUUAGGUAUUGCUUCCCAUUUGGCCGACCAGAAGGCGCAUUAAAAGCCACAUUAUCACUCCUGGAAAGGGUUUUGAUGAAAGACAUAGUUACUCCAGUCCCUCAAGAGGAGGUAAAAGCCGUCAUUCGUAAAUGCUUAGAACAAGCUGCAUUGAUUAACUAUACUCGACUAUCAGAGUAUGCCAAAAUUGAAGAGAAUCAAAAGGAUGCAGCUCGAUCGUCAGUGCCCAAGCCCCCAGCUGGGCCCACUCCAUCCACUCAAACGCAGACUAAAAUGAUAAAUGAGAUGUUGAAAGGCAUACCUAAGCAAACGCCAAAAAAUGUAGGUCGAUUAGUCACGCCUGCCAAAAAGCUAGAAGAUACAAUUCGCCUGGCAGAAUUGGUAAUUGAAGUUCUACAACAGAAUGAAGAACACCAUGCAGAGGGGAAAGAGGCCUUUGCUUGGUGGUCAGACUUAAUGGUUGAACAUGCGGAAACCUUCCUCUCUUUGUUUGCGGUGGAUAUGGAUGCCGCAUUAGAAGUCCAGCCCCCAGAUACCUGGGACAGCUUUCCACUAUUUCAGCUUCUCAAUGAUUCCCUCCGAAACGACUAUAAUUUAUGCAAUGGAAAAUACCACAAACAUCUUCAAGACCUGUUUGCUCCACUUGUUGUUAGAUAUGUGGAUCUCAUGGAAUCCUCAAUUGCACAAUCAAUUCACAGGGGCUUUGAGCGGGAGUCGUGGGAGCCAGUAAAGAGUUUAACAAGUAAUCUGCCCAAUGUGAAUCUACCAAAUGUGAACCUCCCUAAAGUUCCAAAUCUGCCAGUAAACAUCCCACUAGGCAUCCCCCAAAUGCCCACCUUUUCCGCACCGUCAUGGAUGGCUGCUAUAUAUGAUGCUGACAAUGGAUCAGGAACCUCAGAAGAUCUGUUUUGGAAACUUGACGCCUUACAGACCUUCAUCAGGGAUUUACAUUGGCCCGAGGAAGAAUUUGGGAAACACCUAGAGCAGCGCUUAAAACUUAUGGCUAGCGAUAUGAUUGAGUCCUGUGUGAAAAGAACCAGGAUUGCAUUUGAAGUAAAGCUGCAAAAAACAAGCCGGUCGACAGAUUUCAGAGUCCCUCAGUCAAUAUGCACCAUGUUUAAUGUUAUGGUUGAUGCCAAAGCUCAGUCGACAAAACUUUGCAGUAUGGAAAUGGGCCAAGAGUUUGCUAAAGAGUGGCACCAGUAUCAUUCCAAAAUAGAUGAACUAAUUGAAGAAACCGUCAAAGAAAUGAUAACGCUCCUAGUCGCAAAGUUUGUCACCAUUCUGGAAGGAGUCUUGGCCAAACUAUCCAGAUAUGAUGAAGGGACAUUGUUUUCUUCUUUCCUGUCUUUUACUGUGAAAGCAGCUUCCAAAUACGUGGAUGUGCCCAAACCAGGGAUGGACGUUGCUGACGCCUACGUGACCUUCGUUCGCCAUUCUCAGGACAUCCUGCGCGAUAAGGUCAAUGAGGAGAUGUAUAUAGAAAGGUUAUUUGAUCAAUGGUACACCAGCACCAUGAACAUCGUUUGCACCUGGCUGACAGACCGCAUGGACCUUCAGCUUCACAUCUAUCAACUAAAAACCCUUAUUAGGAUAGUAAAGAAAAUGUAUAGAGAUUUUCGAUUGCAAGGCGUUCUGGAUUCCACCCUGAACAGCAAAACCUAUGAAACAGUGCGAAACCGACUCACUGUAGAAGAAGCCACGGCCUCAGUAAGUGAAGGAGGCGGCCUUCAAGGAAUCACCAUGAAAGACAGCGAUGAAGAAGAUGAAGAGGAUGAUUAGUCCCUCCCCCCGAACUUGGAUGUAGCCUGGAAACCAGUGCAUGUAUCUAGUCUGUUAUUCAGUUAGCCACAUUAGGAAAUUUUCUGUCAGCUCUAAAUGCCCAUGGAAAGUCUACCAAUACAAUUGCCAUUUUAGCUGUGUGGUACUUAAGAUUUAGCACCUCUGUUCCGACUCAUUGAGUUUCCUAAUUUCAUAUCUAUAUGUUCAUAAGCAAUAUGGAGCACCAUUGUUUAAAAACUGUUAACGGAAAAAAAAUCUGCAUAGAAAACAUGCUAGGUGUGUCCCUGUUAUAAUUAAAGUAUAAAUGAUGCUUCAUUAAUGUACUGUAUAUACAUUGAUGGUAAAUUGUUGUGAAGACAAGUGAAACAAGUACUUUCAUAUCUUUGUUUCUCUCCUGUGGAUGCCAACUGCUUCAAAAACAGAGCAAGGUGGCUACAGAUGACUUUUUUUUUGUAUAUUUUGGGGACAAACGAUAAACCACAAGUCAGAAUUAUUCCUACUGAAUAGACCCCCUCAGCACCUUCCCUCCAAUAUAUAUGGCUAACUUUGUAGAAGUGACAUACCAUGAUAGUCAAUCAUCUUACCACAGCAGGUUGAUUCUGAUCACCUUGUCCACGUUAUGACCCCGAGCAGUUGUCGUAUGUCAACAUCUCUUCCACUAUCUCAAUGUUACACUUUUUGUUCCGAGUUCCGAUAACUGUGUUUGUAAAAAGAACAACUUUAAUUACAAUCUUAGACUAUACAGACGUGUUUAUAAUGAGAUAACAAUAAUAACAAUAAUGAUAUCUGAAGAUUUCUUUGGGUAGAUUGUAACCAUAAUUUAAAUUUCCUUUCGUUUUCACAAUGGUUUUUAUAUCUUGUCAUGUACAUUGCAUUUGGACCAGUAACUUGCAUGUCCUUGGGUUCCUACCCCCCCACCCCCCGAUUCCCUUCCGGAAGCUUUUCUUUUCUGUGUAAAAUAGUGGAUCCAUCUUGCUUUUUUUGCCUUAUACAAGCCGACAGUUGUAAAAGUGUGAGAACUGUGGCUUCUUAAUAAAUAACUAUUCAGAUGUCCUAAUAAUGAACGCUGGAGUCUUUUUAUGUCUGCCUUAGAAAGAGAAAAUCAGUACAAAAUAAGAGCCAACUUUUCAAAAAAAGAAAAACCUGUAAGAGACCACCCCUUCUAGAAUAAAGGAAUUUUCUUUUCAUA